AUGCUAAUAGACAGGGAUGACAUCUUCUUAUGGAGGCGGCGUUAUCUUCGAACCAUUAAACGGCUGAGAGAUGAAGGCAGACCCAUUUACUAUUUGGACGAGACGUGGGUGAACGCAGGACAUACCCGAAGUUACGUCUGGGUAGAUGACACUAUAAAUUCCUCACAACGAGCGUUUCUGUCCGGGUUGUCCACCGGAAGCAAGGGCCCAUCAGGUAAAGGGAAACGUCUGAUUAUCGCACACAUUGGCAGCAAAGCAGGGUUCGUUGAAGGAUGUUUGUGGACUUUCGAAUCCAAGAAAAGUGGAGAUUAUCAUGAGGAGAUGUGCGCUGAAACCUUCGAGAAGUGGUUUCAAGAUGUUCUUCCUCGGCUUCAGGAAAAUGCAGUUAUUGUUCUUGAUAACGCGCCGUACCAUUCUCGGAGAAAAGAAAAAGUUCCCAAUGCGAAUUCCAAUAAGCACGAAAUAUCAGAGUGGCUAAAAUCUAAAAACAUCCAUUUCGAAGACGGUAUGUUGAAGAAAGAACUUUUAGAUGUAGUUGAAAAGCACAGAACAGCGCACAACGAAUACGCAAUAGAUGAAAUGGCGAAUAAUGCAGGGAAAACAGUUCUCAUAAUUCCUCCGUACCACUGUGAAUUAAACACCAUCGAGUUAGUGUGGGCCAGAAUCAAAGGAUAUGUUGCAGUGAAAAACAAAACAUACAAAAUGCCGGAAGUACUGCUAGAAGAACCAGGAAGAACAGUGACUGCAGAGGAUUCGAACAAGUGCGUCCUCCAUGCCGUAGAAAAAGUGGAAACUCAAAUGUGGAAAUUAGACUGCAUUAUAGAGGAGAGAGGAGCGGUUUGUUAUAAAUCUCAAUGGAAACAGUUCAAGUUCGAUAGAGUGAACCUUGUUUCGUCCUUUCUCAUUAUUAUUACUGGUAUUGUUAUUAAAAUUAACAAUUAA